CAUCAACCAACUCGUCACUCAUUCACAGUCACUCAUUUAGUUUUACACUUGUAUUUCAAAUUUAAAUUCGACUAUUCAACUUCUCUAUCUUUCGAGAUUUCUAACCCUUUCCAAAUCAAUCAUCCAAAAUGCAGCAACGCGCAAUCAUCGCUCUCAUCACCCUGCUCGCAGCAGCCGCCAACACCGCACCACUCGGCACGGUGCCCGGUGCCGGAGCUCUCGCAGCCCCCGCUGGCAAGGCCUUUGAGAAUACUGCCCGAGCCGUCCCUCAUACCGUGUCCGGCGUCACCGCUGGCGCUGCCGGCAUGAAGGGAGAAUCCAAGAAGGGCCACAAGUCCGCCGAGGGUGCUCAAGGAGCCGUGAAGGGUGGCCAAAAAGCUGGCAGUGCCGGCCAGAAGGCCGGAAAAGCAGGACAGCAUGCCGUCGAGGGCAGCCAGGUAGCCGGCGAGCAAGGCCAAAAGGCUCAUAAGGAGGGCGAGUUCGCCAACAAGGACGAACAGCAGGCUGGCAUGGAGGGCCAGAAAGCUGCCAAGCAGGGGCACAAGGCCGCGGAGGAACAACACCAGGCCUACGAACACGGCAGUGAGGGCAGCCGAGCCGGUAACUACGGCGCCGACAGGAGCGCUUCCAAGAACGGUGUCGCCCACAACAACAAGAACGGCGCCAACAGCGCAGACAGGGCCUCCUUGGACAAGGCCGACGGCUUCCAGGCCGGAUUCGAAGGAUCCAAGUCCGGAUUCGAGGGAUCCAAGGCCGGCUAUGAAGGCUCCAAGCACGGCAACCAGGGAUACAAAUCGGGUACCGAAGGCUCCCACUCUGGAUUCGAAGGCUCGCAGGGCGCAGCUGAAGGAUCCAAGGUUGCAGCCGAGGGCUCAAAGGCUGGUUUCGAGGGAUCCAAGGGCGCUGCUGAAGGGUCAAGGGCUAAGAAGGAGGGCGAUAAGGAAGAAAGCGGGCUUUCUGGACUCCUCGGUGGUUUCAGCGGCUUCGGUGCUAACUAGAGGCUACGCCACCGAUCCUUAUCAUCAUCGUUCGCCCCCAUUCCAUGAUCUCGUACACAAUGGAAGGCAGUGUUUGGAAAUAUAAGAGCAAAAAAAGGGGGAGUUUAGGGUAUGCAUCAUUGGCAGUUUAGUCUUGAAGUAACAAUUGGUUUUGUGUUGUCUGGUGU